AGUGAGAGACUCGGCAGGGCUGCUGCACACAUUCAAAAUAGUGGGAGAGGGAGGGAAGAGAGAGAGCGAGCGAGAGAGAGAGAGAGAGAGCGAGAGAGAGAGAGAGAGAGAAGGAGAGUCAGGGACAGGCAGUGCUGAAAAGGAGAGCACAAAGAGAAGGAAAGUGGAGCAGGGGAGGGGAACAGGAGGCUGGGUGAAGGGAGAGGGAAAGACAAAAGAAGGAGAGGGGAGACAUAGCAGGGUGAACGGAGGGGACUGAGCAAAUGGCUACGGAGGAGACGGCGGGGGGAGCCAGGAAAGCCACCAAGAGCAAACUGUUUGAGUUCCUGGUCCAUGGAGUGCGUCCUGGCAUGCCGUCUGGAGCGAGGAUGCCCCACCAGGGAGCUCCCAUGGGCCCCCCCGGCCCACCGUACGGAGGGAGCCCGGCGGUGCGGCCCGGCCUGCCGUCACCGGUGAUGGAGCCCAGUCGUAAGAGGCCUGCCCCCUCCCAGCAGGUCCAGCAGCAGCAGCAGCAACAGCAGCAGCAGCAGUCCGUCCAGAACCGGGCCAGAAAUGCUAAGAGAAGGAAAAUGGCAGACAAGAUUCUUCCGCAAAGGAUCCGUGAGCUGGUCCCUGAGUCUCAGGCCUACAUGGAUCUGCUGGCGUUCGAGCGCAAACUGGACCAGACCAUCAUGCGUAAACGUGUGGACAUCCAGGAGGCACUGAAGAGACCGAUGAAGCAGCAAAAGCGUAAACUGAGACUUUACAUAUCAAACACCUUCAACCCUGCCAGACCUGACGCCGAUGACUCAGAUGGUAGCAUUGCAUCAUGGGAGCUGCGAGUAGAGGGGAAGUUGCUGGACGAUCCGGGGAAGCAGAAGAAGAAGUUCUCAUCGUUUUUUAAGAGCCUGGUGAUCGAGCUGGACAAAGACCUGUACGGUCCUGACAACCACCUGGUUGAGGUCAGUUCCAAGCUGAAUGAGUGGCACCGCACCGCCACCACCCAGGAGACGGACGGCUUCCAGGUGAAGAGGCCGGGAGACGUGAGCGUGCGCUGUACUCUGCUGCUGAUGCUGGACUACCAGCCUCCCCAGUUUAAGCUGGACCCUCGCCUGGCGCGCCUGCUUGGCAUUCACACUCAGACUCGCUCCUGCAUCAUUCAGGCCCUCUGGCAGUACGUCAAGACCAACAAGCUGCAGGACUCCCAUGACAAGGAGUACAUCAACUGUGACAAGUACUUCCAACAGAUUUUCGACUGCCCUCGGCUGAAGUUUUCUGAGAUCCCUCAGCGUCUCACCAACCUCCUCUUGCCCCCCGACCCCAUCGUCAUCAACCACGUUAUAAGCGUGGACCCCAACGACCAGAAGAAGACGGCCUGCUACGACAUCGACGUGGAGGUUGAAGACCCCUUGAAGGGCCAGAUGAGCAGCUUCCUCCUCUCCACCGCCAACCAACAGGAAAUCGCCACACUCGACAACAAGAUCCACGAGACCAUUGAAUCCAUCAACCAGCUGAAGAUCCAGAGGGACUUCAUGCUUAGUUUCUCCAGAGAUCCCAAGGGCUACAUCCAGGACUGGCUCAAAUCCCAGAGCCGAGACCUUAAGUUAAUGACAGACGUGGUGGGGAACCCUGAGGAGGAGAGGAGGGCAGAGUUUUACCACGAGCCCUGGUCCCAGGAGGCAGUGAGCCGCUAUUUCUACUGCAAGAUUCAGCAGAGGAGACAGGAGCUGGAACAGGCCUUAGCUGUCCGCAACACCUAAGAAAAGGCCUCUCUUCAGUCUCUCUGCAAAUGAUUUCAGAGCCCUGUGUGUGUGUGUGUGUGUGUGUGUGUGUGUGUGUGUUUGAAUGUAUGUGUGUGUCGUUACAGUUGAGUGAAAUCCUCAUACCUCUUUAAAAAAAAAAAAAUGUAACUAAAGAAAAGCAGCCUUGAGAGAAAGACAGAGAAAGAGAUGAGAUGACAAUGCAAUUUCUGAUGUUUCUUCCCCUCCUCCUCCUCCCCAAUGUCACAAUGGAGGUUGGAGACUUAAGAGAAAAAAAACCUAAUAAUAAUAAAAAAAGAAUAAAAAAAUAAAGAGGAAGGAGGUUUUCACAUGACGGUAAGCGACGUGCAAAUAAAACAAGAACCUGCGUGUUUGUCCCCGUGUUGUUUUGUGUGCCGGACAACGAAGGACGUCCCAUCGUCGCCGACCGCAUGUAUUCAACCCACGAGACCCCUCCUCAGACUCACUGCCUGAUAAACCAAACUCCCCCCCCCCCCCCCCCCCCCCAUCUCUACUUUCUACUCUGUAAAUACGUCACUUAGCAAAGCAAGACAAAAAACUCUCCUAACCGACCGGCUGCUCUCACAUUUUUACGAACACUCAUCUCAUAAGAGGGAGAUUAUUAGCUACUGUGUGUCCGACUGAAAGUGUACGUGAUGUUUUUUUUUUAAAACACACAAAAAAAACAACACAUUUAGUGCUCUGGAUGAGUUCAAGUCUUCAAAUUAUAUGUUUUUUUUGUGAUUACUUGUUUGGGAAUGUGUGUGUGUGUGUGUUUUUUUAUUUUUAUUUGUUCUCAUUAAGGAGAGUGUUUGGUUGUUGUUUUUUUAGGAGAUUGUUCAAAUUGAUUAAUUACACCAGCAAAGUCGAGAUUAGUGUUACACAUUUUGGGUUGCAGGGAAUCGUGCUAUCUAUAUACACCAGUCUGUCUGAUUUGUUUCAUCAGUAUUAGGUUGAAUUAAGUGAAGUAUUACCACAAAGACAUGAACAGCAUGAAUAGUGUUUUUAAAUAAUGAAGGAGGAGGAUGAGACGGAAGUAUUGAUCAUCGUAAUAAUAAUAGCUUUUUUUUUUUUCUUCCCUUAAUCAUUAGCAAAGUGAUGAAUAUGCCUAUAUAUACACGUUGGGGACUUGACUUGACUCUGACUGGUUCGUUUUGUCUCGAGUCGCUCACUGCCUCUUCUUCUUCCUUUUUGUAGUUUUUUUGUGCCGGUUUAUGUUCAUGAAGGUGUUACCAAAGGUUUGCAAUGAAGAAGAAGAAGAAAACAUGAUCACUGAAAUAGAAAUGGGCAAAAAUCCUGACCUGGGUUUAAAAAAAAACGACACCAAAAUCAGAAAAAAUUGGGUAUUUUUUAAAAGAUAAUUUUUACACCCAUUUUUUCUCCCCCCCCUUUGUAGCCACGACCCCUUAAAACGGUUAUUUGCAAUGAAUAUUUAAAGUCCAGGUCUGGAGAUUUGUGUCCCAUUUCUACACUUUUUAUGUUACAUGAAGAAGAAAAAAGAAAUUGUUUUCUUUUUUUUUUCUUUUCUAGAGAUGUGAAUGUAAAUAUGUUUUGUUCCCUUUUUAAGAGGGUCAACUGUACAGUAUACAACAAGACUAUCUGUGUGUGUGUUUGUUUUUUGGGGGGGUUUGGGGAGGGGAAGUAGGGGUGGAGGGUGAGGGAGGGAUGGGGGGGGGGGUGAGUUAAAUGGUGCAGUAAGGGGAGCUCCAUGAGUUUUGAAUUAGUAGGGCAGGAAUGUUAGUGUUCCUCUGUGUACUAUCUCGGGUUGGGGUGGUUUAUUUUAGGUCCAUCCCGUAUCUAUCGUGGGAGCUAGAAGCUGCAACAAAGAAAGAAAGACCCCCUCCCUCUUUUCCCUCCUUCCCUCACUUCCCUCUCUCUCUUUCCUCUUUCAAUCUACAUGAAAUCUCAGUAGCUGUAACACAUAAUAUAAUCUGCACCAAUCUCUUUUUACACUUUUUUUUUUUCUAAAAAGAAAGAAAAAUGACACUUGACUUGUAUGUAUAUGUUGUAAUGUCAGGAUGGAGGAUGUUUUUCUUUCUCAGCAGUCAGUUUCUAGCUGGAACCUCGUCGGGUUUCUUUGCACUGUGCUGUAACUCUUUGGGGGGGGGGGGACGACACUCUCUCUCUCUCUUUUUUUUUCGUCACAAAACGAGGCCCCUCUCUCUCUUUUUUUAUUAUUACUAUUAUCCCAGCAUAACACAAAAGUGAUCGGACUAUUUCACGAUGACCUAUGCAUGCUCCAUGGACAUUAAUUACUACAUCUGAUCAGACGGUUAUGUGUAAAUAUAUAAAGCUGGCAUAGCAAACCUCCUGUGUGUGUGUGUGCGUGUGACAAACGCAGAACUCGUCACAUUUGUUGAAAUGCCUUCUGGAACUUUUUUGCCAAAAAUGAUGAUCUGCCCUACCAGCAACUUAACUGUAGGUGUGAUUUUUCUGAACUGUGUUUUUUUUUGUUUUUUGUUUUGUUACUAGAACAGGACAAUAAUUUAUAUUAACUGCACUCAUUAGAGGAGAAAACAGUAGUCAUUGGUAGUAUGUUUUAGUCCUGUGUCUGACCCGGAGUGAUUUUUUUUCUUUUCUUUGUAUGGCCAGGGCAUUCACAGUGUUGUCAUACAGUAAUCGGUUCACUAGCACCCCCUUGUGGAGGAAACUAGACACUGCAACUCCUGGGUGAUUAGCACAGUAUCAGAAACUAUCUGACUGAAAUGUUUAACUGCUGUGUCUCCUGUUUUUAAACUUUAAAAAAAAAAAAAAAAAAGAAAGAAAACCAAACCCUGGCAUACUGUUCAUCCCGCUCCCUGCAUGUGUUUCUGAAGAGCGGGAUCUGCUCUUUUUUUCUUUCCGUUUACACUGUUGUCAGAGGGUCACCGACAGGAAGAUAAUAGUAUACAUGACACUGUACAUCUGUAAAGAGCAGACUCGUUUGGUGAUUAUGUUCGACAAUAAAUCAAAAAAACAUUUUAAAAAAAAGAGACAAAAAAAAAAAGGGAAAACAGCUGUGACAUUGUGAGACAGCCUGGAUGUAAAUAAAGAAGCGCUUGCCAAAGUUUGUAAAUGCCA